GCCCGGGGAGCUGAGCCAUUGAAAAGUCAGGCUGGCUGGAUACAUAUUGUACAUGCAUCACAGCUCUUGCUUCCCUCCUCCUCUCUGGCAUUACCCCCUCUAGCUUCCUUACAGAAAGGGAAAGGCAGGGACAAGAAGAACAGCUGCUUUGCAAGACAGAAGCAAAUAGACCCCCCCACCCCCAGGCCCAAAGAAAGCCGGGAAGAAAAGUCCACUUGAAAGAAGACCUUAAGCAAAGCAAACUCAGAGAUUUCCAAGAGGCAACAAGCAAAACCACCCCCUGGAGGAGCUGAUGAUCUCCAAGUCAGGGAGGGGGGAAGAGACAAGAAAAUGUGUGUGUGGAGGGGGGGAGGGGUUAGUCGCGAUUAGCAUUUCAAUAGGGGCUGGUUGCUUUGGAGGGAGGGGGAUUUCAGCGGGUGUCAUUUACAAGGGACGUUUGGGGACUGUGGCUGCAGGAGGCAGGAAAGAAAAAGAGUGGGGGUGCUGGGCUGCUCCUCUCUGCUGGGCACUGCUGCUCCGGUAGAUGUUUCCCUGUUGUUUGGUGCAUGAUUAGAGAAGAGGAGGAGUUGGAACCAGCGAGUGUCAGAGGCAGGAGAUAGGGGGGUUUGCGCUGCUGCUGGUGGGGGCCCUUUCUCUGCCUCUCUUCCUCCCCGGGUGUAGCAUCUAGAGCUCUCCCGGCGUUGGCUCUGCUGUCCCCGGGUGGGGGCUCGCAGGCAGAGGGCGCGUGCCUCCCUCGCUCCGUGGUGCGGGGUGUGUGUGUGUUUUCGGGGGGUGGGGGUUGUGUCUGAACCAGUUAGGAAGAAUGACUCUGGAGUCCAUCAUGGCGUGCUGCCUGAGCGAGGAAGCCAAAGAAGCCAGGCGGAUCAACGAUGAGAUCGAGAGGCAGCUGCGCCGGGACAAGCGGGACGCCCGCCGGGAGCUCAAGCUGCUGCUGCUGGGUACGGGAGAAAGUGGCAAAAGCACAUUCAUCAAACAGAUGAGAAUCAUCCAUGGAUCAGGAUACUCUGACGAAGACAAAAGGGGUUUCACAAAACUCGUGUAUCAGAAUAUAUUUACAGCAAUGCAAGCUAUGAUCAGAGCUAUGGAUACACUCAAAAUCCCAUACAAGUAUGAACACAAUAAGACAGGCACAAGAGAGGCAAUAGACUAGUUCUGGAUUGCUGGCUGGUGUGCACAGACUCUCAUUCAC